AUGGAGGGCUCCGUGCUGAGCCCCACAUCCUGGGAGAAGAGACGAGCCUGGCUCCGUCAGAGCCGUCACUGGCAGACCCAGGUCCUGGAAGAGGAGGCUGCAGCUGCCCUGCAGGAUGUCCCAGAUCCAGAGCCUUCCAGCCUGGAUGACGUUUUCCAGGAAGGGAAUCCAAUCACUAAGAUUGAGGACUGGCUUCAGGACUGUGGCUACUCUGAAGAAGGGUUUAUUGAGGAAGCCGGACCUUCGAUCUACAAUGGGUGCCCUAGCCGGGGAACCAGCUUUGAAGAUGACUUGACCCUUGGAGCAGAGGCCACACUGAUGGCCGCUAAUGGCAAACUCUUCUCCAGAAAUUUCCUGGGGACAGCCCGGCCCUGCCAGCUACUAGAUCUUGGCUGCAGUUUGGCUUCCAGCAGCAUGACUGGUGGGACCAACAAGACUAGUUCAAGCAUCUCUGAGAUUCUGGACAAGGUGCAAGAGGAUGCAGAAGAUGUCCUCUUCAGUCUGGGCUUUGGUCAGGAGGACCACAAAGACACUUCUCGGAUCCCUGCCCGAUUUUUCACCAACCCCUCCCAGGCCAGAGGCAUUGACUUCCAGCUCUUCCUGAAGGCCCAGGUGCAGAGGAUUGAGAUGGAGGAUCCAUGCCUCAUGCUGGCCAGCAGAUUUAAGCAGGUGCAAACACUGGCUGUUACUGCUGAUGCCUUCUUCUGUCUCUACUCUUAUGUGUCUAAGACACCUGUCCAAAAGUUCACACCAUCCCACAUGUUCUGGAAUUGCAACCCAACUGAUGUGCCAUCCAUCAAGAUUCUGGCUCCAGAACCUGAACCUCACUCACCCAGAGAUCGCCUCCGGAAAGCCAUCUCCAAAAUGUGCCUAUAUACAUGCCCCCGCGUUCAGUUGUCACCACCCCACAAUACCUCCAAAAGGAACAGUUUGGACCAAGUGGUGUGGGAAGUGAUGGACAGAGUGAGAGGAGAGAAGCUAAUUCUUCAGCAAGACCCUGAAUUUGGUCCAGGCUCACAGGAAGGUCCUGUGCCCCCCAUCAGGCGUACAAUGUUGCCUACUUCUUGUUCAUGUGUCCUCUGCCCUAAAGAUGAAACACAGCAGGGGAUGUCCACAGUGUGCGAACCAUUGCAAACUCUGCAUUCUAACCCCAAGUUACCCUGUUGCACACAUUCUCUGCCCAGAGCAAAUCUACAGUGGAACACAGACUCUGCACAGGUAAAGAGAGAGUUGUGGGGUCUCCAGGCCACCAAUAAAGAGGUCCACUUGGUCAAGGAUGAGACUUUCUGGAAAAGGAAGAGCAGAGCAAGAAAGAGCCUGUUUCAGAAGAAUUCCACUGUCAGGAAGGUUCACUCAUUGGAUCUAUCCAUCGUCCAACAGAAAUGGAAGCAGAACCAAGAGAGGCCAGAACUGUGUCGAUCUCUAACCCAUCAGCUGCAGGACACUUUUGACUUGGAAGAGGUGCAAAGCAACAGUGAGGAGGAUGACGAAGAGACACACUGGGCCAGCAGACACACACACCCUCACCUCUACCAUCCUUUUGUUGGCAAAGACUCAAGAAGCUUUCUCCACCACCACAGCGCAUGCUCUGACAGCAGUGGCUUUGUAGAAGAGCCUAACUCCGACCUCUUCUUACAGGAGGUGGUACUGCCUCCCACCUCCAGCUCCUGCUCCCAGACCUUCCAAACUCCUGAACUCAGUGGGAGAAAGGCAGCAUGGUACACAGGGGAGGAGACCAGACUGAGAGACUUGGAAUCUACGUCUUGA